UCCGGAAAGUUUUGAUGCCUGGAGGAAGUGGAGGCAGAGCGGCCUCGGGGCGCCGGGGGCCAUGGAGGAACCGCGGGUGCGCGAGGAAGGCGAGGAAGAAGGGGAGGACUGCGAGGACGAGGCCGGGCCCGAGGGCGCCCUGGGCAAGAGCGCCCUGCAGCUGACCGCCGAGGAUGUGUAUGACAUCUCCUACGUAGUGGGCCGCGAGCUGAUGGCGCUGGGCAGCGACCCCCGCGUGACACAGUUGCAGUUCACAAUCGUGCGCGUCCUGGAGAUGCUGGAGACACUGGUGAGCGAGGGCGCCCUGGCAGCCGAGGCGCUGCGUCUGGAGCGCGACAGCCUGCAGCAGGAGGUGCGGGCGCUGCGCGGCCGGGCGCCCCCGGCCGGCGGCCAGGUGGACCUGGGGCCCGACAAGAUGGUGGUGGACCUCACCGACCCCAACCGGCCCCGCUUCACGCUGCAGGAGCUCAAGGAGGUGCUGCAGGAACGCAAUGCCCUGAAGGCACAGCUGCUGCUGGCCCAGGAGGAGCUGCGUGGCUACAGGAGUGGCCUGAUUCCCCCAAGAGAAACCCCGGAUGGAAGACAAGCAAAAGAGACCAGUGUCACCAGGGCCAGAGGUCCCGAGCAGGGCAAGGGGGAGAGGACGAUCAUGAAGAAGCUGUUCGCUUUCCGGUCAGGGAAGCAGACCUAGAUGGAAGGCCAGUCAAGCAGCAGCCCUGAUCAGAGGAGACGACAUCUGCCUGGCACUACAGAGCCAUCUCUGCCAGUCUCUGCUGCGCCCCUUGCUUGUCCCCGGAGUGCAGGUCCUCGUGUGAUUCUCCUCGUGCAGACCUGGACCCCCCAGGGAAGUCUGUCGGGGGACACAAAGCAUCGGCAAGGAGGCCUGGGAACAGAGGCAAUGUGUGUGUGACAGGGCCACCUCUCGCCUGGCCGCCAGCCCUACAGCCACAGUGUGCAGACUGCCCUCAACACAAGAUGGGGCAGAGAAAAGAAAAACAAGAUAGUAAGAAAUAUGGCAUUGACUUUGCAAUGGUGAUUUUGACUUCACUGAUAUUUAGUGAAUAUCAGAUUCUGCUCUCCAGACUUGCUUUCCAUGAUCUUAUAUUAAAAGUCAAAUGAUUUUUAUACUUUCUAUAGCUCA